AUGGGGCGACGGGGGCGGGCAGGAGCCCCCCUCUCCCUACCCUCGCGCUCACCCAAAGAGAUAGUCCAUGGAGGCGGGAUCGCCCCCCAGAGUAGAAAACGAGAGCCGGUCCCUUACCAAAUAGCCGGUGCUGCUGGAGUUGUCGGCGUACUGGAUGCCGUAGUAGCACCGCGCGGGUCCCUCGAGUUGGAUGGGGUGCAGCAUGUCCACACAGACAGCCCCUCUUUCCCCUCUCUUUCUACUCUCCUUUCCCCUCCUUUCCCCUGCCCCCCUCCCCGCCCCUGCCCCCCCCUGCCCGCCCCUACCCGCCCCUGCCCGCCCCCUCGCGCUCACCCAAACAGGUAG